GUAGACCUGGUGAGUGGUCGCCUGGUUGAUUGUAAACAUUGAGGUGCGUCGCCGUUGUCGCCAGACUCUUGCCGCUGCUUCACCAUGAACACUGGCCUUAACACAUCUUAAAUAUCCUCCCCGCCCGCCUGCUCCUCAGCGUGAUGGCAUGUGGAGGAUGGGAAGGAAGUGUGGAUUCCAAUCAGCUAGAAGCAAGACUUCGAGCAGGAUUAGAUGCAGAUCGGCGUUACACAGCAGAAAAUGCUGCCAAGUUACGAGCCAUUCACUCGGCACCAACUUAUGAUGAAUUCAGGCAGCUUGUUCUGGGUGCUCAUCUAAAGCCACUUGAUCGUAAUGACAAAAGUAAAGUCCGGCCAUCCAUCUGGAAUUCUCUAGCUUCUUCAGCAACUAAAAAGGCUAGUAAGCCACCUCCACAGGAUACUGAAAAUUCUGUAUAUCCAACUGAUGUACAGUAUGAUGUCAAUAAUCCACCAACUACUACAGAAGGUCUUGUGCAGCUGUGGGAGCGAUUGGAUUUAGCAGAACGACUUGACCUAUUGCGCAACUUAUCACCACUAGCAACAGAGAGACUAGCUGGGGGCUUGGUGGCUGGUGGCUUGCUAGGGGAUGCCAUCACCACACUCCUGGCUUUUACACCAACAGUCAGUGAUGUGGUCAUGGUAGUAAACAUGCUGCAGGCAUUAACACUUGCAAAAAGAUUUACCCUGAGUGUGACGUUAGUGUGUGGAGAAGAGCGAUGGGCAUGGGGUCGACUUCUGGAGAAGCUUCAGCUUGCUCUGUCUGAACGGCCACAAGAUCUUGCAGAGUUAAAUGUUACGGAAUGGACUCUGGCACAGCUUAAGCUCAAGUUUAAUCUUUAAGAUUUUUAUAUAUUAUUACUUAUAAACUUAGAAGACAAUAAGUUGCACUAAUAUAUUAUGAUUUAAGAAAAAAUCUUUUUACUCUGAAGGAAGUAUUCUUACAGUGGGACCUUGCUCAAAUGGAUCGUGGUGCACCCGGAUCCCUUAGUGACCAGGCAGAUUUUUGAUGGGCAAGACUAGGGUGUCCAUUUCACCAAGAUGUCUUGGUAGACUAGAUAUAUUUUGCUCAAUCAGAACUGAAUAUUUAUCCAUAUUUUCUUAAAUACAGGAUUUACAGAGUUAAAAAAAAAUCAGAAAAUCUUGAUUAAAAAACAACUUGGGCAGUCAGUAAUUGAAUAGGCCAAUUUUAGAAAAAGAAAAAUUGUGUAACUGGUUUUAAUUUUGGUGCAUUUCAUUCAGUAAAGGAUAGAGUUUGACUUGGUCAAGGUGCCAAAAAUAUUAUUCUGAAAAUCUUGAGUCAUGGAAAGACUUUUAGGCAUGGUAAAGUCAAUAGGCAUGGUUUGUUGACACCAUUAGGGAUCAUAGUGGUACUUUUGAAAAAUAAAGUUAAGGUUAAGGGGCUCUGGAGUAGGAAGUAUUGAGAAUAAUAGCAAGAUCUCAAUUACUUUACGAUCAGAUUCUGCUGAUAAAUUUUCAUCAUAUGAUAUGUUGACAUUAAUAUUUUUCUCAAUGAAAUUUGCUCAUAGAGCAUGGAAAAAUAAUGAAGGUAAUAAUUGUAUUUACGCUUUAAUAUUUCUUGGAUUGAGUUUUUAAUGAUUUUUCUAAAUGAGCACAAUCUUAGAAAAAUGGAUAUGGUGUUAUGGAAGAAACCACUGAACAUAGUUAAUAUGAAAAUUAAGGGGGCAUUACUUCCAAAUUUGCACAUAAGGGGCAUUACUUCCAGACUGCACAUAAGCCUAUCUGUAAGGGUGCCAAUUUUGGAAAAUUUGGCCGCAAUUAGGGGAAGUCUGGCAAAAAAGAGGUGUUGGCAGAGCAGGCGCCAGAUGAGGUCUGCUUCGCCCCAGCUGUCUGGCGGGAGUUGCCACAAAGAUAUUGUUACCUAAUUAUUUCAAUGUCUGAUUUUUUCUUUGUUUUUUUGCAGUAAUAUUAUUCAACAGUGUGUAUUGUGAUAUAUUUAUAUAAUAAAAUGUGUGAAC